UCUCUCUUGUUCACUUGAACCACAUCCCUCUCUUGAGCACACUCCCCCCCUAUCCUCCUCUCUUCUUCUUCCUUCUGCAAUGCCACACCAUUCUUCUGCUUCUUUUUGAUUAUUAUUGAAAAGAAAAAAACUCACAAUAAAGAAGCAGCGGAAGAAUACAUUCUCCUUUUUUUGGCUUUGCAGAGGAGGAAAAGAAAAAGGAACCCCCACCCACAUUCUAUUCUAUAAUUACAAAUCUAUAUCUAUAUAUAGAUCUGAUUUGUUUGGAUUAGUAUAAAAAAAAUGGGGGACGUGAUAUCCGGUAAGAAUCUGAUACCGGAGAGUUUUCCGGGAGCGACAGUUGACUUGGCGGCACAGAUUGGGUUAUUAUGGGACCUAAUAAAAGCACCAUUAAUAGUACCAUUGUUACAAUUGGCUGUUUAUAUUUGUUUAGCAAUGACUGUAAUGCUUUUCCUUGAGAGGCUUUACAUGGGUAUUGUUAUUAUUCUUGUUAAAUUAUUUUGGAAAAAACCAGAUAAAAGAUAUAAUUGGGAACCUAUUCGUGAUGAUCUAGAAAUCGGGAAUUCUGCUUUCCCUAUGGUUCUUAUUCAAAUCCCAAUGUUUAAUGAGAAAGAGGUAUACAAGAUCUCAAUUGGGGCUGCGUGUAAUCUUUCAUGGCCCUCCGAUAGACUCGUGAUUCAAGUACUUGAUGACUCUACGGAUUUUGCUAUUAAGGAUUUGAUUGAGAAAGAAUGCCAAAGAUGGGCAAGCAAAGGUGUUAAUAUUAGAUAUCAAAUUAGAGAAAGCAGAGGAGGUUACAAAGCUGGUGCUCUUAAAGAAGGAUUAAAGCAUGAUUAUGUUAAAGAUUGUGAUUAUGUUACCAUUUUCGAUGCUGAUUUUCGACCUGAGCCCGAUUUUCUACGACGGGCCAUCCCCUUCCUCGAGUUCAACCCUCAAAUCGCUCUUGUUCAGGCACGGUGGCGGUUUGUGAAUUCUGAUGAAUGCUUGUUGACAAGAAUGCAAGAAAUGUCACUAGAUUAUCAUUUCACAGUGGAGCAAGAAGUAGGAUCAGCUACUCAUGCAUUUUUCGGAUUCAACGGAACUGGUGGUGUGUGGCGGAUUGCCGCUAUUAAUGAAGCGGGAGGGUGGAAGGACAGAACCACUGUGGAGGACAUGGAUCUUGCUGUCCGAGCAGGUCUCAAGGGAUGGAAAUUUCUAUAUCUUGGUGAUCUUCAGGUAAAAAGCGAACUUCCUAGUACAUUCAAAGCCUUCCGUUAUCAACAACAUAGGUGGUCUUGUGGUCCAGCCAAUUUGUUCAGGAAAAUGGUGAUGGAGAUUGUUAAAAACAAGAAAGUCACAGUGUGGAAAAAGUUGUAUGUGAUUUACAGUUUCUUCUUUGUAAGGAAGAUCAUCGCUCAUAUGGUGACAUUUUUCUUCUUUUGUGUCGUUCUCCCCCUCACAAUCUUGAUCCCUGAAGUUGAGGUUCCUAUUUGGGGUGCCAUUUACAUCCCUUGCAUCAUCACCACCUUGAAUUCAGUAGGAACUCCAAGGUCCAUACAUCUAUUGUUCUACUGGAUUCUUUUUGAGAAUGUGAUGUCACUACACCGUACCAAGGCCACAUUCAUCGGUCUACUUGAUGCAAAGAGAUCUAAUGAAUGGGUUGUCACUGAGAAACUAGGAGAUGCUCUUAAGAAUAAAUCAGCUUCCAAAAAGAAAUUCAAGCUCAAUUUUAAUUUUAAUAUCGGCGACAGAAUUCAUCUUACUGAGCUUGGAUUCGCUGCAUUCCUCUUCUUCACCGGAUGCUAUGAUUUCAUGUACGGACAACAUAACUACUUCAUAUACAUCUUCCUCCAGACAUUCACAUUCUUGAUCGUUGGGUUUGGGUAUGUGGGUACCAUUGUCCCGAGCUCCUAAAAAACUCCCGCAUGGGACUUGAUAUUCAACAAGCAAAAUCGUACAUCUUUAUUCUCUUCUCAGUAUAUACAAAUCUUUUGUGUGAUUGAAACACAUGCCGUUUUAUCGCGUUGAGAAGGGAAACGUGAAAGAGGUUGAAGGGUUGGAGUUUUUGGAUCUGUUUGUGAAAAGGUAAGGAGACAUAAGAAGAAAAAAAAAUAGGUUGUUUUUAGAGCAUAGUAUACAAUUAAAAUGAAGAAGAUGUUUUUAUUUGAUUCCUAGUUGCUUUUGUUUUUAAAUAUAUGCUGAGUUGUUUUUUUUUUAGAUUUAUGUUUUGUGGAGAGGAAUAAUAUGGUGGCAAUAGGAAGAGACAAUGUGCCAUCUAUUGUAUUCUACUCUUCCUUUUUUAUUUAUUUGUUUGGAGUCAUGUAUUGUAGUACAACAACUUCAUACCAUUAAAUUAAACAAAUGUUUGGUCUCA